CUGCCGCCCGCCGCCCGCGCCCCCAGCCCGCCGCCGCCGCCUCCCUCUCCCCGCGGCGCCGCAUCUUGAAUGGAAACAUGGCGGUGCCGGCUCGGACCUGCGGCUCCUCCCGGCCCGGCCCGGCGCGGACCGCGCUACCCUGGCCCCGCCGCGGCCCCCGGCCCGGCCCUGGCGCGUCCGGGCCCCCGCGGCCGCUGUUGCUGCUCUUGCAGCCGCUGCUGCUGCUACCGCUGCUCGCCGCCCCCGGCGCCUCAGCCUACAGCUUCCCGCAGCAGCACACGAUGCAGCACUGGGCGCGGCGCCUGGAGCAGGAGAUCGACGGCGUGAUGCGGAUCUUUGGGGGCGUCCAGCAGCUCCGGGAGAUCUACAAGGACAACCGGAACCUGUUCGAGGUGCAGGAGAAUGAGCCUCAGAAGCUGGUGGAGAAGGUGGCCGGGGACAUCGAGAGCCUGCUGGACAGGAAGGUGCAGGCCCUGAAGAGAUUGGCUGAUGCUGCGGAGAACUUCCAGAAGGCCCACCGCUGGCAGGACAACAUCAAGGAGGAAGACAUCGUGUACUAUGACGCCAAGGCUGACGCCGAGCUGGAUGACCCCGAGAUCGAGGAUGUGGAGAGGGGGUCCAAGGUCAGCACCCUGAGGCUGGACUUCGUGGAGGACUCCAACUUCAAGAACAAGGUCAACUACUCGUACACAGCAGUGCAGAUCCCCACAGACAUCUACAAAGGCUCCACUGUCAUUCUCAACGAGCUCAACUGGACGGAGGCCCUGGAGAACGUGUUCACGGAGAACCGCAGGCAGGACCCCACGCUGCUGUGGCAGGUCUUCGGCAGCGCCACAGGAGUCACACGCUACUACCCGGCCACCCCGUGGCGAGCCCCCAAGAAAAUCGACCUGUAUGACGUGCGCAGGAGACCCUGGUAUAUCCAGGGGGCCUCGUCGCCCAAGGACAUGGUCAUCAUCGUGGACGUGAGCGGCAGCGUGAGCGGCCUGACCCUGAAGCUGAUGAAGACGUCCGUCUGCGAGAUGCUGGACACGCUCUCUGACGACGACUACGUGAACGUAGCCUCGUUCAACGAGAAGGCGCAGCCCGUGUCAUGCUUCACGCACCUGGUGCAAGCCAACGUGCGCAACAAGAAGGUGUUCAAGGAGGCCGUGCAGGGCAUGGUGGCCAAGGGCACCACGGGCUACAAGGCCGGCUUCGAGUACGCCUUCGACCAGCUGCAGAAUUCCAACAUCACCCGCGCCAACUGCAACAAGAUGAUCAUGAUGUUCACGGACGGCGGCGAGGACCGCGUGCAGGACGUCUUCGAGAAGUACAACUGGCCCAACCGCACGGUGCGCGUGUUCACGUUCUCCGUCGGGCAGCACAACUACGACGUGACGCCCCUGCAGUGGAUGGCCUGCGCCAACAAAGGUUACUAUUUUGAGAUCCCUUCCAUCGGCGCCAUCCGCAUCAACACGCAGGAAUAUCUAGACGUCCUCGGCAGGCCCAUGGUGCUGGCGGGCAAGGAGGCCAAGCAGGUGCAAUGGACCAACGUGUAUGAGGACGCGCUGGGGCUGGGGUUGGUGGUGACAGGGACACUUCCAGUAUUCAACCUGACGCAGGAUGGCCCCGGGGAAAAGAAGAACCAGCUGAUCCUGGGCGUGAUGGGCAUCGACGUGGCUCUGAAUGACAUCAAGAGGCUGACCCCCAACUACACGCUUGGAGCCAACGGCUACGUGUUUGCCAUUGACUUGAACGGCUACGUGUUGCUGCACCCCAACCUCAAGCCCCAGGUGAGCCAUGAGGGCGGCCUGGAGGGGGUGUACCCUAUGGUGGGGGGCACCCCUGACUCCUUGCCCCGCCUCUCACAGAGCAACUUCCGGGAGCCCGUGACCCUGGACUUCCUGGAUGCGGAGCUAGAGGAUGAGAACAAGGAGGAGAUCCGCCGGAGCAUGAUCGAUGGCAACAGGGGCCACAAGCAGAUCAGAACGUUGGUCAAGUCCCUGGACGAGAGGUACAUAGACGAGGUGACACGGAACUACACCUGGGUGCCUAUAAGGAACACCAACUACAGCCUAGGGCUCGUGCUCCCUCCCUACGGCACCUUCUACCUCCAAGCCAAUCUCAGCGACCAGAUCCUACAGGUCAAGUAUUUUGAGUUCCUGCUCCCCAGCAGCUUUGAGUCUGAAGGACAUGUUUUCAUUGCUCCCAGAGAGUAUUGCAAGGACCUGAACGCCUCUGACAACAACACCGAGUUCCUGAAAAACUUCAUUGAGCUUAUGGAGAAAGUGACCCCGGACUCCAAGCAGUGCAACAACUUCCUCCUGCACAACCUGAUCUUGGACACGGGCAUCACGCAGCAGCUGGUGGAGCGUGUGUGGCGGGACCAGGAUCUCAACACGUACAGCCUCCUGGCCGUGUUCGCUGCCACCGACGGCGGCAUCACUCGAGUUUUCCCCAACAAGGCAGCUGAGGACUGGACGGAGAGCCCCGAGCCUUUCAGCGCCAGUUUCUACCGCCGCAGCCUGGACAACCGCGGCUACGUCUUCAAGCCCCCGCACCAGGACACCCUGCUGAGACCCCUGGAGCUGGAGAACAACACGGUGGGCAUCCUUGUCAGCACAGCCGUGGAGUUCAGCCUAGGCGGGCGCACGCUGAGACCAGCAGUGGUGGGCGUUAAGCUGGAUCUAGAGGCCUGGGCUGAGAAGUUCAAGGUGCUGGCCAGCAACCGCACCCACCAGGACCAGCCUCAGAAGCAGUGCGGCCCCAGCAGCCACUGCGAGAUGGACUGCGAGGUCAACAAUGAGGACCUGCUCUGCGUGCUCAUUGAUGACGGGGGAUUCCUGGUGCUGUCGAACCAGAACCAUCAGUGGGACCAGGUAGGCAGGUUCUUCAGCGAGGUGGACGCCAACCUGAUGCUGGCGCUCUACAAUAACUCCUUCUACACCCGCAAGGAGUCCUACGAUUACCAGGCAGCCUGUGCCCCCCAGCCCCCAGGCAACCUGGGUGCUGCACCCCGGGGCGUCUUUGUGCCUACCAUUGCAGACUUUCUUAACCUGGCCUGGUGGACCUCAGCUGCGGCCUGGUCCUUGUUCCAGCAGCUUCUCUAUGGCCUCAUCUACCACAGCUGGUUCCAAGCAGACCCCGCGGAGGCCGAGGGCAACCCCGAGGCGCGCGAGAGCAGCUGUGUCAUGAAACAGACGCAGUACUACUUCGGGUCGGUGAACGCCUCCUACAACGCCAUCAUCGACUGUGGAAACUGCUCCAGGCUGUUCCACGCGCAGAGACUGACCAACACCAACCUCCUCUUCGUCGUGGCCGAGAAGCCGCUGUGCAGCCAGUGUGAGGCUGGCCGGCUGCUGCAGAAGGAGACGCACUCGGACGGCCCGGAGCAGUGCGAACUGGUGCAGAGACCAAGAUACCGGAGAGGCCCGCACAUCUGCUUCGACUACAACGCGACGGAAGAUACCUCAGACUGCGGCCGCGGAGCCUCCUUCCCGCCGUCGCUGAGCAUCCUGGUGUCCCUGCAGCUGCUGCUCCUCCUGGGCCUGCCUCCCGGGCCGCAGGCGCCAGUGCGCGCCCAGGCCUCGCGCCGCCUCUGAGCGCCCUCCCCGCCCCAGGCCUCUCGCUGUCCCCCACACCCUCACCUUAGGUCCUCGCCCGCGUCCUCCCGAGGGACCUGAACGCGCCGGGCCCCUGGAGUCUUAGCCUUGGACUUGGGGGUGGGGGAGUCCCACAGGAGAGCGCCGCAGGUCUUUGGCCCCCAAGCCACAUCUGCUGCUGAACUGUCAUAGUGUCCCCAGACCCCUCAUUCCCACUGGACUUGCCCACCCCCAGGGUUGGGACAGGGAAACCACAGUGCUGGUGCCAAACGAGGCCCCACUGCCCGGCCCGCCCCAGGCUCCCUUCCUGAGGGAGAACUAGGCCCCGCCCCAAGGGGGUUCCUCUGACUGGGCCCUCCACCCCACCUGGACCAAUCUGGGCUCCCUGGGAAGAAUGAAGGAAGCUGAGAAAGGCAGUUUGAGCCCUGUGCACCCCAGCUCACGUCUCCACGGGAGGGAGGCCCCGAGGCAGCCCCCCCGUGGGCUCCAGCUCCUCUCGGCCCAGACCCUCCCCACAAGCACUUCAGAUGUUAAGACAGCAACAGUGAAAGUGGCUCAGACACAACCCCGGGCACCCCUGGAGCCCCGAGGGCAGAGACUGGACCCACAGUGGACAGACACAUCCUGGAGGACACACAGACACAGACAUGCACGUGGUGGGGUGGAGGUGGGGCCCCCAACCCUUCCACAGGCGAGGGCUUGGUGGGAGGGCGGAUGCACACACCCACCUCCUGCUCACCGCGCCCCCCCCCCACCCGACCUGCAGCGCAGCUCAUCCUCCAUCUCUAAAGCUGAAUGUCAAUCAGUGCCAAAUCCUGGGGCAGGGGGCGAACACCUCUCUGCCCCACCCUAGCCGCCAGUGUCCCCUAAAUGCCCCCCACCCCAGGUGCUCAUUGUAACCCUUUAUCACUAGUGUCGGGCCCCAAGUGGGACCACGUGCCGCUGCCUGCGCCCCUGGGCAGGGGCACCCUCACUGGACAUCGCCCUUUGCCUUAGCGGGGUGACUUCGCUGCUCCCGGCCGGGCCGUCCCACCCCCAGUCGGGCCCUGGCACGCUCGGGCCUGCACCCACUUCCCCUCUCCUUCCCAUUCACACACACACACACACACACACACACUCCUUGUCCCCCGCUGGAGGCCAAACUGCUCCUCCCUGCUGAACUCUUGCACACACAUACACACACUCUGUGCACACACAGAGGCCAGGCCUGGGCACAUUUCUUCACACCAUCCAUUCUGGUCAUUUCCUCCAAAGGCAUCCAGCCUGAGGACUGGUUGGGGGGCUGAGGGCAGGGGGCUGUGGCCGCGGGGCUCAGGCGG